GUAUGUGGGGCUGACAGUGACAGGUGACGUGAGCGAACCAACGAUCCCCUGCCACAGUUACCGCGGGCUGCUAAGGGGGCGUGUGCCCGGGAUCGCGCCGCUAGUCUGCUCGUGCACGUGGAGGGCACUUGCUGGAGCUGGGGGUUGAGAUCCGCGCGCUAGAAAGAAACAGCAAUGCACUUCUGGGAACUAGCUGAAUGCAUUGGGUGAGCCAAUUACAUGAGGCAUAUAUGUGCAGCCACCAAUCAGCAGCUCCCGAACCUACCUAAGUAUAACAGAAAUUGAGAAGGGUUGUGCAGAAAACCAGCAAAAUGUGAGAAAUAAAAGAAAAAUUACGUCCUACAUUCUUCCAUUGCUGCCAGUAUUCAUGGCAUAUCUGUUUUCGGGCAACCAGUCAAUGGCAACCCAGAGAAGGCAUAUUGUAAAAGAAUUCAAUCCUCAUAUCACCUGCUACAUCUGCAAAGGUUACCUUAUCAAACCGACUACAGUCACAGAGUGCCUCCAUACCUUUUGUAAAACUUGCAUUGUACAGCAUUUUGAGGAAAGCAACGAUUGCCCUAAAUGUGGAAACCAAGUCCAUGAAACAAAUCCAUUAGAAAUGUUAAGGUUAGACAAUACAUUGGAAGAAAUCAUAUUUAAACUGGUUCCAGGACUACGAGAAGCAGAACAGAGUCGAGAAUCAGAAUUUUGGAAGAGGAAUCAACCUCAAGAAAAUGGGGAAGAUGGCCUUCCAAAAGUCAAAAGGCUUAGAGGCGAGGAAGAGGACAAUGAAGAAGACCAAGACUAUCACAGGAGUGAUCCACAAAUUGCCAUUUGUCUUGAUUGUUUACGUAAUAACGGCCAAUCGGGUGAAAAUGUAGUAAAGGGUUUGAUGAAGAAAUUCAUCCGCUGUUCAACACGUGUAACUGUUGGGACAAUUAAAAAGUUUUUAAGUUUAAAAUUAAAGCUUCCAAGUACAUAUGAGCUCGAUGUACUAUGCAAUGGUGAAAUCAUGGGGAAGGACCAUACAAUGGAAUUUAUAUAUAUGACAAGAUGGCGACUGAGAGGAGAAAAUUCUUACCCCAUGGUGUUACAAUACAGACCACGAAUUGACUUUGGUUGAGCACUGAAUCAGCUGAACUAUGCUAAGUUGAAUCCUGCACUAUUUGUUUACUCAUCGACAGAUUGCACAAUGAAUGGACGUGUCUGUUGUUUGGACACAGAGGACAAAAUCUAUUUUCCAGCAUGCAAACCUAAAUGUGGUUUCCCUCCAACCUGUCAGCUGUUUUGUCUUUAAUGCUAAAGUAACCAAGUUCCCGUUUACUACCAAGCAUCUACAUGCAGACCUGCUGUUAAGCCACACCAAGCGCAAGUAGUAUCUUCAGGAAGAUGGUGAAAAGUGUACAGACAAUUCUUGGAGUUAUAUUGGAGUGAAGAUUUUGUCUGCAACGCAAUGCACAUUGCCUUAGCCAAAAGUGGAAGUUUUACUUUUGAUGGACUUAAAGUUUGCAGAAGUUUUUUGAAUAGUUUUAACAAAAAUGAAUAUAACAUAAAAAAUGAAUAGUAAGUAUAAAUUAUGUCUGGAACAUAAUUGUAUAAAAUGUAUUUUUGCCACUGAUUUAAUUGUAUUUGUGUAGAAAUAACUUAUUUCCUAUGUGGUCUGUCCACUAUAAAUUCAAAUUGUAUCUUUGGUAAGGUACGUAUUACAAAUCCCAUGGAUGUAAAAUAGCAUCCCAAAAAUAUGUUUAGUAAAUGUCAGCUCUAUAGAUUACAUUUUCUGAGGGUUUUUUAGAACUAGAUGCACAAAUUGGGAAAUUACUAUUUUAAUUAUAUAUAGUUUUACUUUCAUUGUAUUCAUUCACUACUUCAGGAUUCUUUAUCGAGACAAACUGCUCCAGUUUGUUUUAAGUGGGUUCGCUAUACAGUAAGGUCCUUUAGUAAAAAUGCUAUAGAAUUCUCUAAACUCAUAUUGAACCUAAGUUAAUGUUUACCAAAUCAUUAGUAUUUUCUAGUCUUCCACUUGUCAUUUGAGAGGUUUUAUACCCUUAAACUUUGCCAUACAUAAAUGUGUUGAACACAUUCAUUUAGAAAUAAUUUUAAAUAUUAAUAUUGUAAGUAGCAAAGACCAGUGAAAAAUAUUGAAAAUAUUGGUCAUAAAUUAAUACAUAUUUUCCUAUAGCCUCCUUAAAAACAAAUGUAAUGUAUUUCAUUUAUUCACAUUUUUAUUGAUAUGUUUGUUAAAAUUUAUAUGUAAUGGUAAGAUUAAUUAUAUUUACAGGGAUAUUGUCAUAAAUUUGUGUUACGUCUAUGAUUAGAGUGUUCAAAAUUAAGUGCAAAGUUUGUUUUAAGAGUAAUUUUGUCCUGAGAAAAAAAGUCUUUUAGUCUGGCAUAUGUUACUGAACUGCUUAUAACUGUUUUUGAGAUCUAGUUGCUACUCCUCAUGCCGCAUAUAUAUUUGAAAUUAAAGGGUGGAUCACA